AUGGGCUGCAAAGGUUCAACCGUACCAAUCUUCAGCGCCGAAAAUGCCCCUGCAGCCGUUCGUGGCGGACUAGUCAUGAGUUGGCAAAUGUGGACGGCUUUCGGUAUUUUCUUGGGAACGUGCGCCAAUCUUGCGGUCAAGGACACAGGCUCCAUCUCAUGGAGACUUCAGUUUGGCUCUGCAUUGCUCCCUGCUCUUCCUUUACUCAUCGGGAUUUACUUUUGCCCUGAGUCGCCACGUUGGUACAUCAAAAAGGGAAGAUACCUCAAUGCCUAUCGUUCCCUGAAGAGGCUCAGAAACACCGAGCUCCAAGCUGCCCGUGAUUUGUACUAUAUCUAUGCGCAGCUCCGCAUGGAAGCUGCCCUUGUCGAGAGAAGGUCCAACUAUGUCACCCGCUUCAUUCAAUUGUUUACCAUCCCUCGUGUCCGUCGUGCCACGUUGGCAUCAUUCACUGUCAUGAUUGCCCAACAGAUGUGCGGAAUCAACAUUAUCGCCUUUUACAGUUCUACUGUAUUUGAGCAGGCAGGUGCUUCAGUCACGAGCUCGUUGCUGGCUUCAUGGGGAUUUGGUCUGGUCAACUUUGUUUUUGCGUGGCCGGCCAUUUGGACCAUCGACACCUUUGGCAGACGAUCCUUACUACUGUUCACCUUCCCUCAGAUGGUCUGGACUUUGCUGGCUGCCGGUCUUUGCUACCUCAUCCCUGAGUCGAGCACGGCUCAUUUGGGUCUUGUGGCUCUUUUCAUCUACCUGUUUGCUGCGUUCUAUUCUCCUGGUGAAGGACCAGUUCCGUUCACAUAUUCGGCUGAAGUGUUUCCUCUUUCACAUCGAGAAGUCGGCAUGUCUUGGGCCGUGGCUACUUGUCUCUUCUGGGCUGCCGUGUUAUCAAUCACCUUCCCUCGAAUGCUUUCGGCCAUGACCCCUACAGGUGCUUUUGGUUUCUACGCUGGGUUGAACUUGACUGCUUUUGUCAUGAUCUUCUUGUGGUUGCCAGAGACUAAACAGCGCACCUUGGAGGAACUCGACUAUAUCUUUGCCAUCCCGACUCGCACUUUUAUGAGGCACCAAGUCGGCACGGUCUUGCCUUGGUGGAUCAAGACGUACAUUUUCCGACGCAAGAUUGGCCCUUGCCCUUCAUUGUGGUCUUUCGAUGGUCAUGUCGACAAUGAUAAGGAUUUCGUCGAGACGAUCCGCCGCCAGAGUGAGGCACAGGGUCGUCGCCGAAGCAGUAUCGCCGACAGGAUUGUCAACAGAUUUUAGGUGGGAAAGGGAGGGGAGGUCCUUUGUAUGGGACCGAUCCAAGUGAUUUGUUCGCGGGGAAAGAGAGUCGCCCAUUCAAUGGCUAUCCACCAUGCACUCACUGGUGGUCAGGUAUGUUCGUGAUGGUAGCUUUAUACUUGAGGGGAAGCAAGUUUUGAGAGAAUGGGAUAAAAAGAACAAAAUCAACCAAAUCGAAUGGCCUUAUGCCAUUAGACAGAUUGUCAAACAGAAAUUAUCACGUAGUAUUAAAUAGUAC